AUGCCAGCUUCAAAUAGAGCUAACAGGCAUCCAGUGAAAAUAAUAGUGGUGAUUGUGGCUACCAUUGCUGGGUUAUGUGGAGUGCUUCUUGUGAGUUACUGUAUUUGCAAGGGAAAGAUGAAAUCUAAAGUGGAAACUGGAGGACACGACACUGAUGCAAGUCGAGAAGAAGAUAUGGAUCUACCCUUAUUUAACUUGGCUACUAUAUCUCUGGCCACUCAGAAUUUUUCUAUAAACAUGAAACUUGGCGAAGGAGGGUUCGGACCUGUCUACAAGGGCACACUAGAAGAUGGGAAAAACAUUGCCGUGAAGACACUGUCAAAGUAUUCUGGACAAGGACUAAACGAGUUCAAGAAUGAAGUUAAACUGAUAGCAAAACUACAACAUAGAAAUCUUGUAAAGCUUCUUGGUUGUUGCAUUGAAGACGAAGAAAAAAUAUUGAUUUACGAAUACAUGCCCAAUGGAAGUCUUGACUCGUUUAUUUUUGAUCAAAUCAGAUCAAAUCUAUUAGAUUGGUCGAAGCGCUUCAAUAUUAUAUGUGGAGUUGCUCGAGGACUUCUCUACCUUCAUCAAGAUUCCAGAAUUUUUGUAGGCGAUGAGAGAGGAGAAACUACGAAAAGAAUUGUUGGAACAUAUGGUUACAUGGCUCCAGAGUACGCUUCUUACGGCUUGUUUUCGGUAAAAUCCGAUGUCUUUAGCUUUGGCAUUCUACUUCUAGAGGUCAUCAGUGGGAAGAAAAAUCGUGGAUUUGAUCAUCCACAAAAUCAAAAUCUUAUUGGAUAUGCAUGGAGAUUGUGGACAGAAAGCCGGCCACUUGAAUUGAUUGAUCCAUUGCUGAAGGAUUCAACCAAUCGACCUGAGAUGUUAAGGUGUAUCCACAUAGGUCUCUUGUGUGUGCAGCAAUCUCCAGAAGAUAGGCCAACAAUGUCAUCAGUGAUUCUGAUGUUAAAUGGAGAAAGUACAUUGUCUCAACCAAAGCACCCCGGUUUACUUAUAGAUAUGAUUCCAGCUGCAACGCGUCCUCCAUCAAGCAACGGUGAACCAAGUUCGGUCAAAUAUUCUUCAAUUACGUUGUUGGAGGCUCGGUGA